AUCCAGAAAUGAUCUCUCCGAGGUACAAAACCAUCAUCCAGGGCGAAGCCUCUGAGACCGACUCGGAGGAAGAAAUCAUUUGUUCGGCCUCUCCUCAGGCUGCCUUUGGAAACCCUUCUGGAGUUCGAGUCACUGGAGAAGCCUCCGAAACAGACGAGGAAGACGAAGCCGGAAACUUCCCUGGAUCGAAAACCGAGGCGAAAUUGAUCACGCCAGAUUUACCGCCCCUGAUCGUCUACAGGGACGAAGAUCCGGAGUCUCCCACGGCAGUCGAAGAGAAGCCCGCCCUUCACAUCAAACACCGGGGCCGAUAUAGCUCCCUCUUGCAGCAGAAGCUGGUGGAGAGUAACGCUCGCUUGUACUACGACAUCAACAACACCAUCCGCCAGGUCUACCAAACCGCCAUCAAGGAGAUUGGAGCCAUUACUGGGCAGCUGAGCAACUCCCAAAACGGCAUCAUCAACGCUUCGCACAACAUACGGCUGGUUCUGGAUGACCUCCGGUCCGUGGCGGACCAAAUAGACAUAAUUAACAGCUGCAGUUUGUUACCGGAUAUUGCGAUAGAGGUGCCUUCGGCGCACACCUGAGAGAGACAGGCUGACUGCUUCCUGCACACGGCUGUUCAAGGGAGAUUGGAUGGGACCCCGCUUGUAGAGCUCAGCCGAAAAAAACUGAAACGGACUGAAAUAUUUGUCCAGUCUAAAGAAAUCUUUGCUGCCUGUUUGACGCUGAAAUCACAGUACGUCCUUUUAUAAUCUGGCUCCAGCCUUUAGAUUGAAAACCAAACCGAACCGAGCAAAAAUAAAACUGCUUUCCCUGUUUUGGAGAGAAAGGGACCGGUGCCAUUUCAAGAGAGUACCUCUCCUCCCGGCUCAUAUUUUUUUAAAUUGUACACUUGGUUGCACGAGGAUGGGUGGCACUUCCUGAGCGUGUAAAUGCAGCAUCACUUUGGACUCGUGAAAAUGUGUCCGAAGAAUCUAAACUGCCUUCAUUGAUAACACAUCGAUUAUUCAUUUGGAAGGGAAUGUAGGAUUUGAGCAGGACUAAGAACAAUGAGAUAAUUAUUGAUUUCAUUCAUGGAGGGGCGGGGUGUGAAUCAAAGGAGCUAUAAUCUGU